AAAAAGCAGAAAGAGAUUUUUAGCCACAGACGGGUCAUGAGCCCGGUGUUACUGCUGGCCCUCCUGGGGGUCACCUUCCCACUGCCAGGAGUGCAGGCGCUGCUCUGCCAGUUUGGGACAAGUCACGACGUGUGGAAUGUGUCCCAGUUGCCCCUGCACUGGACCCCUAAGGAGAUCAGCUGUGACAGCGGCUUGGGGUGCCAGGACACCAUGGUGCUCAUUGAGAGCGGAUCCCAAGUGAGCAUGGUGCUCUCCAAGGGCUGCACCGAGGCCAAGGACCAGGAGCCCCGCGUCACUGAGCACCGGAUGGGCCCCGGCCUCUCCGUGCUCUCCUACACCUAUGUGUGCCGCCAUAAGGACUUCUGCAACAACCUAGUUACCACUGCCCCGCUUUGGACCCCGCAGACCCCAGCAGAGCCAGGAUCCUUGAGAUGCCCAGUCUGCUUGUCUAUGGAAGGCUGUCCAGAGGGGACAACAGAAGAGAUCUGCCCCAAGGGGACCACGCACUGUUAUGAUGGCCUCCUCAGGCUCAGGGGAGGAGGCAUCUUCUCCCAUCUGAGAGUCCAGGGAUGCAUGCCCCAGCCAGGUUGCAACCUGCUCAAUGGGACGCAGGAAAUUGGGCCCCUGCGGGUGACUGAGAACUGCAAUACGAAAGAUUUUCUGACCUGUCAUCGGGGGAACUCUUUGCAGAAGCAGGAAAACUUGACUCAAGUACCCAUUGGAUGGACCAUAUCUAAUACCGUGAUGUGCGAGGCGGGCCAGGUGUGUCAGGAGACGCUGCUGCUCAUAGAUGUAGGAGUCACAUCGACCCUGGUGUGGAGCAAAGGCUGCAGCGCUGUUGGGGCUCAAAAUUCCCAGAAGACCUCCAUCCACUCAGCCCCUCCUGGGGUGCUCGUGGCCUCCUAUGCCCACUUCUGCUCCUCAGACCUGUGCAAUGGUGCCAGCAGCAGCAGCGUCCUGCUGAACUCCCUCCCUCCUCAAGGUGCCCCUGAGCCAGGAGACCAGCAGUGUCUUACCUGUGCGCAGCCCUUUGGAACCUGCUCAAGUGACUCCCCAGUAAAGACCUGCCCCAGGGGCACCACUCAUUGUUAUGAUGGGUACAUUAGUCUCUCAGGAGGUGGGGUAACCACCACAAUGGGCAUUCAGGGCUGUGUGGCCCAACCUUCCAGCUCCUUGUUGAACCACACCAGACAAAUCGGGAUCUUCUCUCCCUUCACCAUUUGUAGAUACAUCAAGAAAACAGGCACCUGCGGGGAAGCCCUAGCCAGGACUGAAUCAGCUGGCACCUGGACUUUGGACUUUCCAGCCUCCAGAACUGUGAUAAAUAGAUUUCUACUGUUUAAGUCACCAAGGCGACAGUGUUUGUUAUGACAGCCCAAGCCCAGGAAUAUACCAUCUGACCCUUGUUUUGAAUGAAACUCUUCAGUUUUUUCAUUAACUUAGCUGGCAGCUCUCGUCUGCAGCAGCACCAGAGGCCCCAAGAAAAGAGCUCCAGCAGGGCCUCAACCUUCAUGGAUCCCAUGGGGCCUCCUUGAUGUCAAGACCUGGAUGUCAGGUGAGGCUUCAGUGAUACAACCAAAAUGUGAAAUCGUAAGUGUUUUUACUACUUACACUGGCGAGCACAUGCCAACCUCGACACAAUAGAUACAGACUCUAGAAAGCCCAGACAGAAAGGAGAGGAGGGACCUGUUGGCUUUUUCGGGUCCAGGGUGUUAUCUGACAGGUGUCCAGCAGGGAGCUUUAAUGGGUGUGUUUAAAGCAAGCAAACACUGGGGCAUGGAGAUCACGCUGUGACUGAAAGGUGGUCACUUUAAAUUUGAGGGCAAAUGUCAGAACUGUCAGUUGAAAGGAAGCAGCUGGAGAGAGGGGAGCCCAGCACACUAAGCAGGAGAGAUGCCUCCAAGAUUUUAUCUUUGGCCACCAGAUGGAGUCAUUUGGACCGGGUACAGUAUUUGAGACUGUCAUGGUGACCAAGUUCUGCCUCUGAGAUGAGGAAAUUAAAUGUACACUUUGAAAAAUGCAUGCCGAGGCAACAUGAAAUUAUGAGCCCUUGUGACACCCAGGGACCCCAACAGGGUGUGGUGCUGUGUUCCAGAGUCGGGGUCCUGGAUUCUGGUCCCCCGACAGUGAGAAAUGAAGAUGACCUGUCUCUGCUCCCCUGAAACUGAUCUUUUCACUCCGCACCUCCCUGUUCUGUUCCCAAACCCCCUUCAGUGCUCAUCCCGAGACAUCACUCCCCAUAUCCCAAAACAUAUCACCCCCAUGGCAUGCACAGUGUAGCCCAAAGCACACAAACACGAACUCACAGAUAGUGACAAAAAUCUGUUUGGGACAUGUGAUUGUGAAACAGGGAGGACAGUGAACUCACAGUCACAGAGACUGGUACUCGAGGGGCUGGAACAUGAUGGAGCUGUAACAUAACAUGUGUGAGCUCAUGUGAAAUGUGAAGAUUCAUGAGGAAUAAAACGCAGCCUGGCCUGGGGCCACCGCCGUACACACUUCCAUCCCUGUCCACCAGAGGGCGGCAGAGUUCCUACCGGCCUGCAGCCUCCCAAAUAGCUGUUGAGCUUUCUCAGCAGGGCCCACAGCCCAGCAGGGUCACCUCUGCACCCUCCAAGCUCUCCACACAGACUCUGUCAGCUCCUCCCUGCAGCCAGGUGGCCGCCCACCUGAGACUGCUCCCUCUGCAGGCAGCCCCCCACAUGCCUUCCUUCCUGGGGCUCACCCAAAAGGGCAUCUCCCAGGGUGGCCAUGGUGCACGUGAUGCGACACUGGGUACUUUUUCCUUGUGACUUCCUUUCAACUUCAUCAACUCCUUCUGUGACUGCUCUCUAAAUACCUGCCCCUGCUUUUCUGUCCUGUUUUCUGGGGGCAUCCCAGGCUGAGCCCAGUGCUGACACAGAACAGCGGCUGCCUGAGUGCCCACGGCAUCCCCAGGAAUCAGCCAGGCACCCUGUGACCUGCCAUCUACAUUGGGGGGCUCAGAGAGCAUGUGACAGUCCUGCUGGUCCUGAAUCUGGCUAAAUCAAGCUGCCAGGUGAAGCCAAGCCUCCCCUGGGUCAGGCUACAGGGAAAUGGGCAGAGAGGGAGCCUCAGGCCAGACUUCUGUAUGUCCAGAAGUAGAAUUGCUGGAUCAAGUAGUAAUUCUUUAAUUUUUUUGAGAAACUGCCAUACCAUUUUCCACAGCAGCUAUAACAUUUCCCAUUCCCACCAGCAAUGCACUAGAGCUCCAAUUAUUCCACCUACUUGAAAACACUUGUGGUUUCAUGCUAUUGUUGUUGUUGUUUUUUA